AUGAUCCCCUUCCUAUCUUACAAAAUCCAGGGUAUGGACCCCAGUGCCCUUUACCACAUCUUUGUUGAAAUGGGACCCGUUGACCAAAACCACUGGCAAUAUCGAAGCAGUCAAUGGCUCCCAUACAAAGACGAAGAAGAAGAGGAUAACCUGCCAGGCAACCACUUCUAUCAACACCCUGACUCACCCAACACUGGAGCCCAUUGGAUGGACAGAGAGAUAUCCUUUAAAAAACUCAAGCUCACCCACAAGAAGAUAGCUUGCAAGAAUGGCAGCCAGGCCCCAAUGUUACUGAAAUCUCUCCACAAAUACCAGCCCAGGCUCCACAUUGAAGAAAUCAGUGAUGGAAAGCAGCACAUGCCUGCUUCCUCCUCCUCAACAUACACCUUCACUUUCCCAGACACAGAGUUUAUUGCUGUGACUGCCUAUCGAAACUCUGAGAUCAUACGUCUCAAAAAUCAAAACAAUCUCUUUGCUUUUGGACAAAGCUUGGAGAAUGUUCCUCCAGAUGGGGAAUGCAAUGGAUCCACCUCAUCUCCACCAGCUUUCUUAGUUUCCAACUAUCCUGUUCAGGUCCAAGAGAGCUCUGGCCAAGACAACAACUCUGAGAGUUCUACAAGCUUGCAGCUCACCCAGAACAACAGAGCCCUGGAGUGGAUAGACCCUGGUAGCUGUCAGGUCGUGCCUGGCUCUGAUGCCAGUCUCUCAGUGGGACCUGGAG